AUGGCACUCGUGGCAUAUCGACAGUUGCUCCGGUCGGCCCGCGUCGCCUUUCAAGGUGAUGCUCGACUUCUAUCUGCGGCCCGCGAGCAAGCCCGUGCAGGCUUCGAAAGCGGUCGCGAUUUGCCCUUGAGCAGCGACGAGACUUCAGCGAGAAUAGCGCAUGCCGAGGAAGUGGCCAAGAUUCUUCGGCAUAACAUCGUCCAGGGUCAAAUCGAAAACGAGAACAAGGGAAAUUACAAACUCCGCAUUCACGAGGAAAUUGAGCGAGGCGAUAAUGAUAGUGUCAAGAUUUCGGAUUCCGGACUCCUUAAACCAGGACAAUGCUGCUCAUCACUAUAG